AUGACUUCAUUUAACGCAAAGCCAAUCUCGCCCCGAGGAAUAGUCGUCGCAGCAAAACGGUCCCAACCGCGUGUCCGGCAUGGACAGAACGACUCCCGUUUGACCAUCAGACCGGGAAGGGUUUUAAUUGAAGUCACGCCCAAUUCGCAAUUGAGUCGGCCAACUUGGAGAUUAUACUUUGCGACAGCAACCGCCUACCUGACCAUACAACAGAGGCAUCAGGGUCGUCUUCACAUCUUUGCUUUGUCUUCCUGUCAGACCAGUCGGUAUGGCCAGGCCGACGUCAACGCCUGUAGCUGA